AUGUCUAAUAUAAAGUUUGUGUACUCAAAAAAGGUACAUAAAAUACCUCAAAAAAAUGCCACUAAUCUUCAAAGUGUUAUAGAGACAAUAAAGUCAAUUUAUAACUAACUUAAUACAGUAUAUUUGUAUGCAAUUAUAAAUCCAGAUGAGACUGAUUUAGUUGCAGAGAUAAGGACUGAUACAGAAUUCUGUUAGUUAAAAACACUCUAUAUAAGGAAUUAAUGGCCAUCAAUCAAAUUGCUAGUAACAGAAACAUAGGAUUAUAAAUCAAUUUUGAAAGAUUCUUGGGGACUUUUGAAUUAAAGUAUGGCAAUAGUAGAGAAGCAAAGUCGUGAUGCUUGUACAUUGUCUCAACCAAUUCAAAUAGACUAAUCAUAAUAAAUUGCUCCCUCAUCUGGACAUUAGGGUACUUAAGUCCAAGUACACUAAUAGGACAAUGCACAAAAUACUAACUAGGUUGACUUUAGAUAAAAUUUAUAACUUAAACAAUUUAUUGCUGAUAUUGUAGAUAAAAGAAUUAGAGACUUGGGAUUGAUAAAUAAGGAUUAAGAAUACAAUUUCACUUUGACAUCUAAGAUUCCACUAUUGAUAGGUAUUAAUGGAAAAAAGAUGACCACAUAAAUUACAAUGUAGAAUAGUGGAAAAAGUUAAUGGCUGAACGCAGCUUUAACAAAUGCAGAAUUAGGAAUCCAUUACUAAAUUAAUAAUGUUUCAUGUGGUGAAUGCAUAAGUGUCACUAUAGAUUUACCUUACAUACCUGAACAUUUUGAAGAUGAAAAGGAAAGAGUCUAUAAAUUUUAUAUAAUUUGUGAAAACAAAAAGUAUUAAAUGCAAAAGUUAUCAGAUCCAAUUUCAAUAAGAGUAUAAGCAUCUGACAUAGAUCAUAUUGUAAAGUAGCUUUAAGACUUAUUCCCUUAAAAAAAGAGAGAAGAUUUGAUUAAAUAUAUCAAUGAAAAGGGCAUUAACAAGGAAUUUGAUUAAUACGUAGAUAUGCUCCUUUAAGAGUAUUGAUUAGAUUCACUAAUUUAUGAUAUGGAAUAUUUUAAAUAAAUUUAAAA